AUGGGGAGCCGGGCUGUGCUGAGAGCCGGGCACAGACCUCACAGUCUCCGAGUCCGGGCCGCGGCCGCCGCCCCCGCCCGGGCCGCGCUCCCCUUCUCCCGCCCUCUCCCUCCCCUCUGCAACUCCUCCUCCUUCCCCAUGCCUCUGUUCCUCCUGCUCCUACUUAUCCUGGUCCUGCUGCUCGAGGACACCGGAGCCCAGCAAGGUGAUGGAUGUGGACAUACUGUACUAGGCCCUGAAAGUGGAACCCUCACGUCCAUAAACUAUCCACAGACGUAUCCCAACAGCACCGUUUGCGAAUGGGAGAUCCGUGUAAAGAUGGGGGAGAGAGUGCGCAUCAAAUUUGGUGACUUUGACAUUGAAGAUUCAGACUCUUGUCACUUUAAUUACUUGAGAAUUUUUAAUGGCAUUGGAGUUAGCAGAACUGAAAUAGGCAAAUACUGUGGUCUGGGGUUGCAGAUGAACCAUUCAAUUGAAUCAAAAAGCAAUGAAAUUACAGUGCUGUUCAUGAGUGGGAUCCAUGUUUCUGGACGAGGAUUUUUGGCCUCAUACUCCGUUAUAGAGAAACAAGAUCUAAUUACUUGCUUAGACACUGCAUCCAGUUUUUUGGAACCUGAGUUCAGUAAGUACUGCCCAGCUGGUUGUCUGCUUCCUUUUGCUGAGAUAUCUGGAACAAUCCCUCAUGGAUAUAGAGAUUCCUCGCCCUUGUGUAUGGCUGGUGUGCACGCAGGAGUAGUGUCAAACAUUUUGGGUGGCCAAAUCAGUGUUGUAAUUAGUAAAGGUAUCCCAUACUAUGAGAGUUCUUUGGCUAACAACGUCACGUCUGUGGUGGGACACUUAUCUACAAGUCUUUUUACAUUUAAGACAAGUGGGUGUUAUGGAACACUGGGGAUGGAAUCUGGUGUGAUUGCCGAUCCUCAAAUAACAGCAUCAUCGGUGCUAGAGUGGACUGACCACACAGGGCAAGAGAACAGCUGGAGACCCGAAAAGGCCCGGCUGAAGAAACCUGGACCUCCUUGGGCUGCUUUUGCCACUGAUGAAUAUCAGUGGUUACAAAUAGAUCUGAAUAAAGAAAAGAAGAUAACAGGCAUUGUGACCACUGGCUCCACCAUGGUGGAACACAAUUACUAUGUGUCCGCCUAUAAAAUCCUAUACAGUGAUGAUGGACAGAGAUGGACUGUGUACAGAGAGCCUGGUGUGGAGCAGGAUAAGAUAUUUCAAGGAAACAAAGAUUAUCACCAGGAUGUGCGUAAUAACUUUUUGCCACCAAUUAUUGCACGUUUUAUUAGAGUGAAUCCUACGCAAUGGCAGCAGAAAAUUGCCAUGAAAGUGGAACUGCUUGGAUGUCAGUUUAUUCCUAAAGGUCGUCCUCCAAAACUUACUCAACCUCCACCUCCUCGGAACAGCAAUGACCUCAAAAACACUACAGCCCCUCCAAAAAUAGCCAAAGGUCGAGCCCCCAAAUUUUCUCAACCACUACAACCUCGCAGUAACAAUGUGUUUCCUGCACAGACGGAGCAAACAACAGCCACUCCUGAGAUCAAAAAUACUACGGUGACUCCAAGUGUAACCAAAGAUAUAGCCUUGGCUGCGGUCCUAGUCCCAGUGCUCGUCAUGGUGCUCACCACCCUCAUCCUCGUCGUAGUGUGUGCUUGGCAUUGGAGGAACAGAAAGAAGAAAACUGAAGGCACCUACGACUUACCUUACUGGGACCGGGCAGGUUGGUGGAAAGGAAUGAAGCAGUUUCUCCCUGCCAAGUCCGUGGAACACGAGGAGACCCCCGUUCGCUACAGCAGCAGUGAAGUCAAUCCUUUGAGCCCCAGAGAAGUCACCGCGGUGCUGCAGACCGACUCUGCAGAGUAUGCACAGCCACUUGUGGGAGGACUCGUUGGCACCCUUCAUCAGAGAUCCACCUUUAAACCAGAAGAAGGGAAAGAAGCAAGUUACGCUGACCUAGAUCCUUACAACUCCCCGGUCCAAGAAGUCUACCACGCCUAUGCUGAACCACUGCCAAUUACCGGGCCCGAAUACGCAACCCCAAUCAUCAUGGAUAUGUCUGGGCACCCCACAGCUUCAGUGGGCCUUCCCUCAACGUCCACUUUCAAAGCUGCAGGGAACCAGCCUCCCCCACUAGUGGGAGCCUACAACACUCUUCUCUCCAGGACUGACAGCUGCUCCUCCGCCCGUGCCCAGUAUGACACCCCAAAAGGUGGGAAGCCAGGUGCCAGUGCCCCAGACGAGCUGGUGUACCAGGUGCCACAGAGCACACAGGAGGCUUCAGGAGCCGGGAGGGAUGGUGAAUGUGAUGUUUUUAAAGAAAUUCUUUAAAGGUGAUGCUGCUUGUUAUAAAGCAUCGUUUUAAAGCACAUGGCCUUUUUUGUGUGUUAGUGGUAGUAAUAUAUAGAAUGUAUUACGUAUCUGUCACAGAUGUGGUUGGGGAAAAUGUGAUGACCGAGGUACAGGGAACUACUAAUCUUGCCAUCUUGCUUUAAAAGUGUUACUGUGGCAGUGACGGCUUGCCAGUUCGAUUGCAAACAUCCUGUUUGUUACUACUGUAAAACACUAUUUUUUGAUACAGAAAAUGCUCCCUACUAUGCACUUCAAAGAAAUUAAAAAUCACUGAGAGUAUUUAUUACCAA